AUGGAAGGACUAUUUUCUCCUCAGACCAGGCACUGCUUCAUGUGCACAGAAGAUGCAGAAUACUACUGCAAAGAUUGUAGAAAGAACUUCUGUUUGCUCUGCAAAGAAAAACAUUUAAUAGAUCUUGACUCUUAUUUUCACAAUAUAGUUACUGUGGAUGUUAAAUAUGGAAAUACAACAUGUGAGGAAACCUGUGAAACACAUCCGAGAAAUGUUUAUGAAUACUGGUGUCGGAGAUGUAAAUGUCCUUUGUGUAGACAAUGCAUUGGGCAUAGAGGGCAUGGAACGAAUCCACUUAUAAGAGCAUAUGAGCGACGUAUUAUCCUGAAUCGAGAAAAGAUUUCCAAGAUUCGAAGCGAAAUUCUACCUUUUAAUAUAGCUUUGCUAGCACAAAUAAAGAACAAUGUACUACACUCAGACAUGGCAAGAUAUCAACUGAAAACUGAGAUGAAGAUGACGGAAAGAGCCAAGUCUCUACAAACUGCCCUGGAGUUUGUACAUGAACAGAGUUUGAUAUUUGGAUUUAAGAAUUAUAUUGCAGCAAGCCUUAAUAAGUUGGAGAAACAAACUGUUGUUUUAGAAAGCUUUUCUCUGUAUGCUUUAAACAGGCAAAAUAUUAUUAAUAUGUUAGGAGAAAUAGAAGAUAUAAAAAGUGGAAAACUAGAAAUUAAAGUGGAGUUUCUUUUCGAAGCGUUGCCUGAUGUGACAUUGAAACAAUCUAUAGAG